AUGGGCUGCUUCUCAUCCAAGCACACGAUGACCGUCACAACGACGACGACGAAUACGACGUCGUCAACGUAUAACGGGCGCACGGUCGCAGACGUGUCCACCACGACGCACACCACCCCUUCGCGCGGCAAGCCAACGACGACGCACGAUAAUUACCAGACUGUAACGUAUCACGGUACACAGGCUGUUGCGCAGCCUGUGCCGGGCGUCGUGCGCGAUCCCAAUUUACCGCCCCCGACGCCGCUGGAACUGUACAUCCGCCCGAGCUGGACGUACAAUGCUAUCAUGUCCGGCAAGUUUUGGGAGGCAAUGGCGGACGAUAUCCGCCGCAAGCCGCAGAACCCGAAGCGGAACUGGACACUGGAGCGCGUCGACGACAACAACGUCGUGUACACGAAUGGGCUGGCGCGCAGCGACCCUAUACCGGUCGUCAAGAUCGCUACAUAUGCGCCUCCAAAGAAGCCGAAGCGGUUCUCGGAGAAGAAGGAGCCCGAGCCGUCCAUGUGCCGCUGGACCUGGGCUGAUGAUGGGACAGGGGACAAGAAUGCAAUCAGGCUCUGUGGCGAGGCGAACGGGAUCUCCCAGCUGACGGAGCCCGAAUUUGCCGUCGAGGACGCGUUCGCGUUCGAGCCCUUGAGCCCUAUCCUGCACGCGGCGGCGCGCGCCACGGACCUGCCCUUCUUUGUCGUCUCGCCGUUCGAUCCAAAGACUCGUGCGCCGCAGGACGUGUAUCUCGUGCGUGUCGACGACCAGACUCCCUUCAGCUUCCCGGGCAGGUGGCGCUGGCCACCCACGCUGAAGGAUAUCGACGGAGACGCCUACCGCGGCAUCAUGAGGCAAGGGCGCAUUGUCCGGGCCGGCGUGCUGGAGCGGCACGGCGGGAUGGCCCCGGAAUGCCUUCAAGCGUUGGCGGAGAAGAUGGGAUGGGAGUUUUACGACCUCGGAAGCUGGCAUACCGAGUCGGAGGGCGUGGAGCAUAUCGGCAUGCGCGACCCGAAGAUGAAUGCCGAGUGGACGAUGCGUUCAGAGUACGAAAUCGUGAACGCGAAGAGGAGCACUAGCUUCCUGAUUACGUACAAGGUUCCAGGAUCUACUUACGAGUAUACACGCUCGUUUGAGGAGUGGUGA